AUGUCAUUGGGAUCUCUGGUGUUAGCCCUGGGGGGGGAGGUUCCGUUCCUGCUGCGCGAUCUCCUCGACACCCCAGAGCUGCGGCGAGUCUUAGGAGCACCCUGGGUCGCAGUGGCAAAGAUCUUGGUAGGAUCCGUUCUGGGGCUUAACCUCCGCAACCUAGCAUGGCACGGGUUCCUGGCCCCAUCCGAGACCCUGCCAGGCCCUUCCGCUACCCUGCUGGUGCUGCUGGGUCACUGCGGAAGGGUGCUGGGGCCUAAGAUGCUGAGGAAGGGGAGGAGGCGGCCUGGGGUUCCUUUGGGGCUGAAUGAGGGCAUAGGAAUGAAAGUAAAGAAGACAAAGAAGAAGAAAAAAGAAGAAAAAGAAGACAAAAUAGAAGAAAAAGAAGAAGAGGAAGAAGUAGAAGAAGAAAAAGAUGAUGGUGAAGAAGAAAAAGAAGAUAAAAACGAAGAAAAAGAAGAGAAGGAAGAAGAAAAAGAAGACAAAGAAGAAGAAAACGAAGACAAAGAAGAAGAAAAUGAAGACAAAAAAGAUGAAAAAGUGGAAGAAGAAGAGGAGGAGGAGGAGGGUACCAAGUGGCCAUCCCAAGCGGUGGUGGUGGAGGUGAUGGAGCGGUGUUGCCUUGCGGGUGUCGUGAUGAAGGAGGUGUGGAGGUGCGCCGUGGGUCACAUAUACGCAGACAGGCCCUGGGUUGGUGUGUCUCUUCUUCUGCCCCAGCUGGAGUGUGCCCUGAGGUGCCUGUAUGCUUGGGUCAACGGUGUGCCUGCGAGGGUCCUCACCGCCCAACACACUGCCUUCUACACCACUCUUGACCAUGUCCUUGCCCCUGUGUUGACUGUGGAUGCUGGAGGAGGAGGAGGAGGAGGAGGAGAUAAGAGAGGAGAAGAUGAAAGGAGAGGAGGAAGUGAAGGAAAAGAAGAAGAAGAUUAUGGAAGAAGAGGAGGAAGAGGAGAAGUAUCAGAGGAAGAAGGAGAUUAUGAAGGAGGAGGAGGAGGAAGAAGAAGAGGAAAGAGAGUAAAUGAAGAAGGAAGAAAAGAAGAAGAAGAAGGAGGAGGAAAAAGAAGAAACCAGGAAGAAACCAAAAGAAGAAAAGAAGAAGAAGAAAAGGAAAAAGAAGAAGAAGAAGAAAAAAAAGAAGAAAGCAGAACAAACACAGAAGAAGACAAAGAAGAAGACAAUCAAGUAAACAAAACAAAACAAAAACAACAACAAGAAGUAAGAGAACCCAAUCCAAACACGUACAAACACACACACACACUCACACACAUGACCCCCAACAAGCUGCUUUCAUUCUUGGGCAGAGAGGUCACAGAGGCCCUGUUUGACCUCUUGACCUUCACUAAUGGGCCAAGGGUAAGGGAUAGGAUUAGCCAUGGAGAAUCAGGACUUAGAGAGGUAUCAGAAUCCUUAUCCUUCCAUAUCCUACACCUUUCCAUCCUUAUACUUCUGUGUGGAGAGAAGGAGGAGGAGGAGGAGGAGGAGGCCCAUAGUAGUAGUGGUAGUAGUAGUGGUAGUAGUAGUAGUAGUAGUAGUAGUAACACCCUCACUACCAAAAUCGGUGUUCAAAUCCACCCCAAAUCCACCCACCUCCACCACCACCACCAAACCCUAUCACCAGAAGCCCAAGAAGCGAUCCACCUCCUUGAAAAGUGGAUUAGUGGAUACCGGAGCCUCUUCCACCCUGCCUCCCUCCUCCACCAGUCCCUCCUUGCCUCCACCUCCCUCCUGAGUGAGUGGAGGAACUGGAGGAGGGUGGAGGGAAGCGAGGUGGAUCAUAUGGAGUGGGAGAAGCAGGAGGUGGAGGAGGAGAUGGUGGAGGGAGUAAGGGAGAGAUUUAGUGGAGAGAAUGUGGAGUUUGGAGAGGAGAGAGGGAGAGAAAGGGAUGUGGAAGAGGAGGAGGAAGAAGAGAAAGAGGAAAAGAAUGAAGAAAAUAGAGAAAAGGAAAAGUUUGAAGAAGAGAAAAGGAAGAAAAUGGAAGAGAAAGAGGAAGAGAGAAGAAAAAUGGAAUUGGAAGAAGAGAAAUUGAAAGAAAGAAAGGAAGAAGUGGAAGAUAAAAGUGGAGAAAUGAAGAAUGUGGAAGAGAAAGAGGAAAUUGAAGAAGAGAACGAAAAGAAGAAGGAAAAGAGAUCAGAAGUGGAAUUUGAAGAAGAGAAAUGGAGAGAAAGAAAGGAAGAAGUGGAAGAUAAAAGUGGAGAAAUGAAGAAUGUGGAAGAAGAGAAGAGAAAGAAGGAGGAGAAGAGAUCAGAAGUGGAAUUUGAAGAAGCGAAAUGGACAGAAAGAAAGAAAGAAGUGGAAGAUAAAAGUGGAGAAACGAAGAAUGUGGAAGAGAGAAAAAGAAAUAAAGAAGAACAAGAAAAACAGGAAAAUAUAGAGAAGAAGAAAGAUGAAGAGAAAGAAACUAAAAAGAAGAGAAAUAAAGUGGAGGAGAAAGAAAUGAAUAAAGAAGAGAAACAAGAAGAACAGGAUAACAUAGAACACAACAGAAAAACAGAGAAAGAAGAAAAGGAGGAAAAGGAAGAAACAAAGAAGAGACAGAAAGAUGAAGAAGAAAAGGAGGAGGAGGAGGAAGAAACGAAGAAAGAGAGAAGGAAAGAAAGCAAAAAUAAGCAAAAAGAAGAUGAGAAAGUCACAAAACCACAAAACCAGAACACAAAACCUCAAAAAACGAAAAUAAAACCAAAAACAUAUGGAAAAGUGACCUACCCACCUCUCCCCUUCUCUCAUACGAUCCUUCCCUUAUCAGAAACGCCUAAAUUACUAACUCAAAUCCACUUAUUACAGUUCAAAGUCCUCCAUAGGCCUAAGAAUGAGUUAGAGGUGGUUUCAAUACUAAGAAGAAUCACAAAUAACGUCCACACAGCCCUGCAGAACACCCAGCAGAGUCUCCGCUUAAAUUACCAGCAGUUCUCAGAAAGGAAAAUGAGGUCACGUCGAAGGGAGACUUAUAAAAGACAGCUCAACGCCAUCCCUAAGGUCACAUGGGGUUGCUUUCUCGUCCUUCAGGCUGUUUAUAUGCUGUUCCUGAACCUCCACAGCAUCACAGACUUGGAGAAGGAUAGUUUUUCUCGCCUUCUGCGUCUCCUGAAGGGGAUCUUGAAGGCCGUGGAGAAUUUAUCGACGCAAACGGACCCGCAGACGAACCGCUGGGAUGAGGCAGUCUGUGGCUCACGCGAGAAUGUGGGUUUUGUUUUAAGUCACUUCUGGCGGCCCUGAGGCGUGACCCAAGGCAGGGAGGAGCAGUGUGUCCACCAAAACGUUCAAAAACCAUCAGUGAGACCAUUCAGUACCUCCAGGAAAGUGAACGAUCUCCCAAUAUAGGCUAAACCAUCACAAAAAUACACCAUUAACCAAGACCCUCCAUGAUCCCUUAACCCAGUAGCUGCGGGGAUCAUGUAUCUUAAAGACCCCUCUAAGCGAAUUAAUGAGAAAAAAUCAUCACUCACGCCAGCCAUUAGUAUAUUAUAUGUAUUAAUGCAUUUGUGAUCAGUUUAUGUAUCCUCUAUUUUGGGGGUUUAUGUGAAGGCAAGAAUUUGGCCCGACGCUGGUAUACUGUAAGGCCACAUAUUUGGCCCAUCGCUGCUACUGGGUUAAUUGUCUGUUUUUCAUGUAUUAUGGCAAUAUAAUCUUCAUAAUGUAUUGAUUUAUUUUCGUAUUCGAGCACACACACACACACACACACACUGGGGGAUGGCAAGCCUGUACAUUGCAGACAUUCUUGUUUUCAGCCACGGCAGAUGUCGGAUAAAGCUUUUACAUGGAGCCAAACAGCCGUGGAGUUACCAGGUGUGUGUAGAACUUCACUGGGCAUUUCCACGAGUAGUUUCAUGACCCUUCUGGUAGUCUGGUCUUUCUUCUGUAUCAUGAACCUGCAUCGAAGCUGUAGCCUGGUAGUUUUAAGUCGCGUGGUUGGUUUUGUAUCGUUGUUUGGUGACUGUAACUGUAUUAAUAAUCUUUUGGUCUUUUUCUUUCCUCCAGUAAGUAAGGCUUCGUGGGGUAACAUUAACAGCCAGCAUAAGGUAGCGCUCCUCUUCGUUGCAUUGGGUCUUAAUUUGUUUACUUAUUCCUUCUGAUACUCCCUCCUUUCCUCACCCUCGAUACCCUUUUCCUCCUCACCCCUCCCCUUUCCUCCAAGCCCCCUAACCCCCAUUUCCUCCCAUGCCCACCCCUUCCUUCCACCUCACCCUCACACACCUUUCCUCCGGGCCUCCUCCUCCUCUUACUUUCCUCUUACUUUUCCCCUCGCUAUUUCUUCUUCCACCUCCUUCACUAUACUGUUUUCCUCAUUUCUUCUUUAUUCCCUUUCCUUCUCCGUCUCUUCCUCUCCUUCGUUUCCUCUCCCCUCUAAUCCCUCCCCUUCCUCACCACCCCUCACCCCUUCCACCCCCCUCGUCCCCAUCCCCUCUCCUCCUCCUCAUCCUCCACCCCGACCCCUCU